GAUUCCGCCUUUCCUGACGUUUUCGUUCUACACAAACGCGGCUUUGCUUUGGAUACACGAUCACCAAAAGAAGGGACUCUCCGCUCACUGGCCUCAAUUCGAUUCAUCUCAAUGACAUGGGUAGCCGCAGGACAUGCUCUCGGACAGAACGCUAUGAGCGACAGUUUACUGCCAGUCCUUUCGCUGUGGAAUCCGCUGUUGUCAACUGCCUUCACGAACGCAUUCUUAUCCGUUGACACAUUCUUUUUACUUUCUGGGAUUCUCGUCGCCUAUUUAUUCUUCAAAGUCAGGCCAUCUUCGAAGUUCGUGAGAAACCCGCUCACUUGGGUUAUGUUCUAUGUUCAUCGCUAUUUGAGGCUUACACCUCCUAUGAUGAUUUUCAUAGGAUUCUUUACCGUUGUGACACCAUUUACAACUGGACCAUGGACAGCAUCCAGGCAAGGAGAUCUCACCGGCGCGGAGGCCUGCCAAAAGUACUGGUGGAGAAAUAUGCUAUACAUCAACAAUUUCUUUGGAAUGGAU